AUGGCGAUUUAUGAUUGUCUCAAACGACAGCAAGAUCCAAUUUGGACUCACUGCGAGGUGGAAAAAUUCUGGGAUGUUUUGCGGCCGUACCUAGCUCAUCUCCUUACCGGUGAAAUGCCACUUCCAGAUUACAGCAUCGACUUCACAUCUCUGAGCUCAAAUAGCGAAAGAGACAAGCAAUUCUGCAUGGACGUAGUGCACGGCUCUUUAUGGAGAGGAAAGUACUCGCUUGCAGUAGCAAAUUUGAAAGCCUUGGAGGCCUUCUUUGAUUGCAGAAACAAAAGCUGCGAAUGUAACAUUGCAGAUCAGCUGCGUUUGCUGGAAGACGUUUUCAAACGCAGGCCUUUGGAAAGGCGUCAUGUCUUGCCGCAAUAUCCAAUGUACUUGACGAACUCCAUAUCACUUUCCAGUUGUAAGAUGUCUGUUGCACAGUUACGUAAUCAAAAUAUCCCUGUUUUACACUGGCAAGAGUUAUUCACGUCUCGGCACCGGUUGUAAACAUGUCAUCUCAUCACCGU